AUGACAGCUGUGCCACUCAGCGACGGCGCCGGAAAGCACGCCGCGCUUGUUUCCCUGGCAACAAGACGCAAGACUCCGGAGGCCGCGGGAAUGCUGCGCGCGCAACCCUCAAUCUCACUGUGGGCGGUGCCAACGGCAGAUCUGCUGGUAAGAGGCCUUCUGCAUCACCCAGUCCUCCUGGCAUCUGUGAUCUUGUUCCAGGCUGCAGUGUCUGCUGUCAGUGCACAGACCACCACCGCUGCUGCCAUCUCCGAUGCUGUGAGUCAGGUCAGGACUCAAGUGAACAAGGCCUUCCUGGAUGCCCGAAUCAGAGUGAAGACCUCCCUGAGCUCCCAGCAUCCCACAGCCCAACAGCUCGUAGAGUAUCUCAAGCAUGCCAAAGGCCGGACUCGAGUGAUCAUUCGCAAUGGGAAGGUGUGGGAGGAGUCCCUAAAGAGACUGAGACAGAACUCAGCCUUCUCCAACAUCACAGACUCCAGCCUCCACCUGGCCCUCCUUUCUCAAGAAGUGGGCUGUGAUGUCCUUGCCACGGCGGUGAAAUGCAACUAUACUAGUCCUUAUCGCACCAUUACAGGAGAAUGUAAUAACAGGAACAACCCGAUGCUGGGAGCUGCCAACAAGGCUCUGGCGCGCUGGCUGCCAGCACAGUACGAGGACGGGGUUUCCCUGCCCAUGGGGUGGACGCCGGGAAAGAUGCACAACGGCUUCCCUCUCCCACUGGCCCGGGAGGUAUCCAAUCAGAUUGCUGGCUAUCUGAAGGAGGAUGAUGUUCUGGACCCAAACACAUCCCUGCUCUUCAUGCAGUGGGGUCAAAUUGUGGACCAUGACUUGGACUUUGCCCCGGAACUGGAGGAAGCUGAGUGCCCCAGUUCCAAGAAUGGCGACGAAUGCUGCAUUCAGGGGGGCAAUUCUUUCCCCAUCAUGUUCCCACCCGGAGACCCCAAGGUGAACUAUCAAGGGAAGUGCAUGUCAUUCAACCGAGCUGGAUUUGUCUGCCCCUCUUCACCCUUCGAGACCCUGACCCGAGAGCAGAUCAAUGCUCUCACCUCCUUCCUGGAUGCCAGCUUUGUGUAUGGGUCUGAGCAAUGUCUGGCCCGACGCCUCGUCAACCUCACCAACCCCCUGGGCCUGUUGGCUGUAAACCAGGAGUUCUCAGACCACGGGCUGCCCUACCUACCCUUUAACACAAAGAAGUCGACCCCCUGUCAGUUCAUCAACUCCACGGCCCAGGUGCCCUGCUUCCUGGCGGGAGAUUCCCGAGCCUCAGAGCAGACCCUGCUGGCCACUUCCCAUACCCUCUUCCUUCGAGAGCACAACCGACUGGCCACGGAACUAAAGAAACUCAACCCACACUGGGAUGGAGACACGCUCUACCAGGAAGCCCGGAAAAUCCUGGGAGCCUUUGUGCAGAUUAUCACCUUUAGGGACUACCUGCCCAUUGUGCUCGGUGAUGAGAUGGAGAAGCACAUCCCUCCAUACACAGGCUACAAUGAAUCUGUGGAUCCCCGGAUUUCCAAUGUCUUCACCUUCGCCUUUCGCUUUGGCCACUUAGAGAUCCCCUCCAUGGUGUCCCGCCUGGAUGAGAACUACCAACCCUGGGGCCCAGAGCCUGACCUGCCCCUGCAUACCCUCUUCUUCAACACCUGGAGGAUAGUCAAGGAUGGUGGAAUUGACCCUCUGGUACGCGGCCUGCUGGCCAACAAGUCCAAAUUGAUGCAACAGGAUAAAAUGAUGACAGGAGAACUACGAAACAAGCUGUUCCUGGAAACUCACAAAAUUCACGGUUAUGACCUCGCCUCUAUCAACAUCCAGCGGGGACGGGACCAUGGGCAGCCAGGGUACAAUUCUUGGAGAGGCUUCUGUGACCUCUCUCAGCCCAAAACAGUAGAGGAGCUGGAGACUGUGCUGAAGAACAAGGUUUUGGCCAAGAAAUUCAUGGAUCUCUAUGGGACUCCCAACAACAUUGACAUCUGGAUAGGGGCCAUCGCUGAGCCCAUGGUAACCGGAGGCCGGGUAGGGGAGCUCCUGGCCUGCAUCCUGGGGAAGCAGUUCAGGCAGAUCCGAGAUGGAGACAGGUUCUGGUGGGAGAACCCCGAAAUCUUCACUCAGAAGCAGCGGGAUGCUCUGCAGAAAGUGUCCUUCUCCCGUCUCGUCUGUGACAACACCCACAUCACCAAGGUCCCUGUAGACCCAUUUAAGGCUAACACAUAUCCCCAAGACUUUGUAGAGUGUUCAUCCAUUGAUAAGCUGGACCUCUCACCCUGGGCCUCAGAAAAGAAUUAG